CGAUUCUUUCAGUGUCUUAAUAGAGAACCUCGAUGAUUGCUGACUAGUAGCCAACGGCGAUACUGUGUUCAAUAAAACGAAAUGUUUUGUAUAUUUUAGUAUCAAAUAAUCCAUUCACGUGCCAGUAAAACUUUUCGUCAAUAAUUUAACAACUGGCACAAGGAUAUUUAAAAAUCAUCAUGGAACAAAUUAAGGUUGCAAAUCUAGCUGUCUUAGUGGGUUUGGUUGCUAGUUUUUAUACUGUAUCAGCCAUCGAGGAUUUCAGUUUGUCGAACGACUCUGUUUAUUUACGUGUGGAGAGGAAUGGGAAAAUGAUGUACAUGACAGAAGAACUAAUAAAUAAAUUAGAACUAGAAGAUACGACUUGGCAUUGGAAACCAUGGCUGAGGACCAGAAUUGAAGUCGUUGAUAACGUUGCACAUGAAGUGGUCUGCGCAACAGGAGAUUCCAUAGACAGUUUUCCUGAUGGUAUAUUUACAGAUGAACAACUCCGUCAAGGUGCCUUCCUUUUGUAUGUCGUCUUUGGCAUUUACACAUUCACACUUUUGGCUAUUGUUUGCAAUGAUUAUUUCAUUCCUUGUGUUGAACUUAUUUGCGAAGACUUGAAGAUCCCACAAAACGUAGCAGCAGCUACAUUUAUGUCUGUCGCGACGUCUUGUCCAGAAUUCUUCGUGAACGUGAUAUCAACCUUUCUAACUGAAUCGGAUAUGGGUAUCGGAACUAUUGUAGGAUCCGCUCUUUUUAAUGCUCUCGGAGUAGCUGCUAUUGGAGGCCUUGCUGCUAUUACACCAAUAGCUAUCGACAUGCGGCCAGUGACAAGAGAUGUGCUAAUAUACAUGGUAAAUAUUAGCGUUCUUGUGGCAUUUGUAUGGGACGGCCAAAUCGAUUGGUUUGAGGCGAUGGUUCUAGGAAUUCUCUAUAUUUUGUAUUUCGUUGUCAUGUUUAACAGUAUGAAAGCGUUUGUUCUUAUUGAUAAAAUUUGGGCAGCCUGUUGCAAAAAGAAUAAUGGAGUUACCGCAUCUUUGAACGAUAACAAUGUGUCCGUGGAAGAGGGUAUUGAUAACAAAGGUUUCAACGACCCCAGUCCUGUUACGAAUGGAACCACUAUGACGGAGAAGCCAGCUAUUGAUGAAAAAAAUGAUGUUGAAGAAACGCUAAAUAAAAAAAGUUUGUUUACUUUUCCUUUUCACAAAUCAAUACUAUACAAGAUAUGGUGGUUUUACAUUUGGCCUUUGAAGCUGGUGCUUGGGUUGACUAUACCCUCUCCAGUUACUCGAAAAAAGUUAUAUCCUCUCGCUUUCAUAAUGUGCAUCGUGUGGAUUGGAGUGAAUUCAUACUUUGUGUCUUGGAGUAUGACUGUGAUAGGACAUACCUUCUUUAUUCCUGAAUCAGUUAUGGGGAUGACAUUUUUAGCAUUUGGAGGAUGUCUACCAGAAGCGUGCUCGAUAUUUAUUAUGUCUAGAAGAGGCGAAGGUGGUAUUGGGGUCUCAAAUGCACUUGGAGCCAACUCCUUAGCGAUUUUGUUUGCUUUGGGCUUACCGUGGUUGAUAAGGACAGUUUCGCUGGAAAUUCAAGGAGCUGAGAAUACCGCAGUACUAAUAAACUCAGCAGGUAUCGACUUUGUCGUGGGAUCUCUUCUUGUAGCUGUUGUCAGUUUAUGGAUCGUCCUGUUCAUUGGAAAAUUCACGCUGAGACGUACUGUAGGUAUAGUGCUAGGGAUACUUUAUGUCGUUUUUAUCGUUUUCGCUAUUCUCGUGGAGUUGGGAAUCAUUUUCGAUCGAAACGUUGAGUUGAGCUCGUGCUGAACUGUAACGUGUUUGUUAUUAGUUAGUAUCUGAGUAUUGCUCAUUUAGCAUGUUGACUAUCCCCAGUCGAACAUCGUUGGAAUAGUUUAACUGUACACGACCCGGUCUGUAUGGCUGUUUCCGAGUCGUGUAAUAAUAUUUUCUGCUGUCUGUUUGUGCGCUAGUAGAAGACGGCUGUUUCUUUCGAUGGGUAUCGGCUUCUGUAGCGAGGUUUCACAGGUAGCUGAUUCACUGGUGGUAACUGUACUAUCGGAGAACUGCUGGUAACUGUUUCUGUCUUGCUGAUGUUUCUGUGUCGGAGAGCUUCUGAGAACUGUUUCUGUCUUGAUGAUCUGCUGAGAACUGUUUCUGUCGAAGAUCCACUGAGAACUGUUUCUGUCUUGCUGUUUCUAUGUCGGAGAUUCGCUGAGAACUGUUUUUGCCUUUUUUUUUUUUUUUUUUUUUUUCCUACCUAUGCUGAUAGCCUUGAGAGGCUAUUUCAGCUUCAUCCUAACGUUAGUAGGUGAGCUCGCGGGGCUCAACCGGAGAGUUGCUAACACUGACCCUAGCAAGAGCAGUGCUUCGCUGAAUCUACCACCGGAUCGGAAACGCGACCCACUGAGAAGAUCCGGCGAGAAACUCAGUGGGCUGUGUCUAUGGGUUAGUUCGCUCGUCGAGCCCUUCGUCGCAAGCGACGGGUUCGACGAGGACGGUGACCGGUGCUUGUGGUGCCUAAAAGCACCGUUAAUGGAUCAGGAGGAUCCGUAAUGACGUGCUUUGGGCGACGUCGACGGUUUACCAUUCGGUCUACUGGGUCGGGUAUGUAAUUUCCAGCGGCUACGAUGAGAGGGUUCUCAUGUCGUGCCGCCUUCUCAAAAUGGCGCAGCGAUGCCGACUGUAGAUACUUACUAAGAGAGUCGAGCUCCAGGUCGUCGUGGAGAUCCACAUUCCUAAGGAACCAAGGCGCUCCGACGGCUAUCCUGCAGAAUCGUGAUUGAAUAACCUGAAGGGAUUUCAAGUUGGUGCGGGCUGCGUGAGCGAACACUACGCUUGCAUACGUCAUGACGGGGCGUAUGCAAGUUUUGUAGAGAGUUACCUUAUUGCGGAGGGACAGUUUGCUUCGACUACAAAGCAUUGGAUAGAGUCGUCCUAGAAUAAACGCGGCGCGGUCGCGUACCGUUUUUAUAUGGGGACGGAAUGUCAUCCCUCUGUCGAGGGUGACGCCUAGAUAUUUGACCUUCGAGACCCACGGAAUGGGCUGGCCAAAGAGAGUGAUGGGACUAACGGCGGAGGUGUUUGCGCGCCUACUACGGAGUGGGAUGCUCGAAGUGAUGUUCGGAGGGCGACCCCUUUUGAAGAGCACCGCUGCGCUUUUCGUGGGGUUGAUGUCUAUUCGCCACUUCCGGAACCACUGUCCCAGGGUGGCUACUGCGAUCUGGAGUCGCCGAUGAAGCAGCGACAUCUUCCUACACGAGUAGUAGAUAGCCGUGUCAUCGGCGAAGAGCGCUAGAUGGGUCUCCGGAGACCGGGGUAUAUCAUUGAUAUACAAACUAAAUAAUAACGGGGAGAGCGCGGAGCCUUGCGGGACUCCGGCGGUCAGUUGACGGGGACGAGAACGAGUUCCCUCUACUCGAUAUCGAAACGAACGGUUCGACAAGAAGUCUCGUAUGAUGAGCACGAGUCUGUCUGGCACUCCCAUGUUGUAUAGUUUAUAAAUUAAACCGUUGUGCCAGACUUUGUCGAACGCCUUCGCGAUGUCGAAGAAGAGGGCGCCGGUCGGGAUUUGUUUACGCCUAUUUAGUCCUAUCAGAAUGUGCUCCGUGAGGCGGUGCACUUGUUGUACGCACGAGUGUUUUGAGCGGAAUCCGAACUGUUCGUCUAUGAGAAUUUUGUUCGCGGUAACAAAAUUCCAGAGGCGUUUCCUAAGGAGCCGUUCGUAAAUUUUUCCUAUCGUCGAGAGGAGACUAAUCGGACGGUAACUAGAAGUUUCGUUUGUCGGUUUGCCCGGCUUAUGUAUACCGAUAACGUCCGCUUCUUUCCACACCGCGGGAAAGAUGCAGUGCGUCAUAGCGGCAUUUAAAAUUGUAGCCAACAUUGCUAUCAGUUGGACUGGCAAGAGUUUAAGCGCGCGGUUGUGGAUGCCGUCGGAGCCGGGUGCCUUCCUAGGUUGUAGGUUGUGGAUCGCGUCUCUAACUUCGUCGGUGGUAAUGGGGGGUAACGCGUCCGAGGGCGGCAGGGAAGCUCUGCGCUCGACCUCCCUGUCGACUAACUCGGUGUGUUCGGGGUCCGCGUGUUGAGUGCUGGUGGUGCACUGCUCUUGCAGUGCAUCGGCCAGCAGCUCAGCCUUGUCAUCGUCAUCGAAUGCCGGUGGUUGGCCUGAAGGGCGUACGAGGGGAGGCAUAGUGGCUAUAGUUUCGGAUUUGAGAGUCCUAGCUAGUCGCCAGUAUGCUUGGUGGGAGGGCGCGAGUUGUUCUAAAUAACUAUGCCAAUUAUCGUUACGCGCGUCGCUUAAGCGGGAGUGGAC